GAAUCAUUACACAUGAUCAACCAACUGCGCUCUAGAAAGGACAAAGCACCACGUGUGUAAGACACUGGCUUGGUAUAAUAACCAUGUUUUCGUAUGAUUGAUUUGUUGUGAAAGGCCUGUGGAAUCGAUUGCAGCCAGAAGCUCGGUGUCUGUAGCGCGCAAAGAAGCGCACACGAACAGAACGCGCGGCGUCCUGUCGCCUUUCCUGGAGGGCAGCAGUGAUGCCGGAUCCGCCUAUAUAAGAGCCUCCAAGAUGCCACGGAGCGGCCAUUCAUGCAUUCGCUGCCAGCGCUUUUCAAGAAAUCACCUCCCUCCUCUGUUCGCACCGUGCGACGUGUGCUCCGCCAUUAGUCCGCUUUCACAUGUGGACCGCCGCUUUUGAAUAGCUCAAUUCAGCAUUUUUGGCAGAUUUCUCUCUCUCUCUCUCUCUCUCUCUCUCUCUCUCUGUCUCUCCUGUGUUCCAGCCAUGCGCGUCAAGCAGCGAAGACUUCAACACAAGAACUUUGUCAAAGAAGAGUCCCAGGGCGCACAGGAUGCUCCACGGCGCGGGCAGCGCGUUUAGCGAAGGCUGGUGAGCGCGGCUGUCCAGGAGUGACUCCAUGAAGUUGUUAGUGUGAGAGAAAAGAAAACAACAACAACAAGGUUUUCUCUCAGUUAGAGUCUCCAAGCAAAUAGCUUCUACUCUGGGCAUGGACAAUGGAUACUCUAAGUCUUUCGGUGAACGCUGUGUCCUACACUGUGGUAGCUGAACUCUCCACUACUGACGAUCCGUUUAACGCACCCAUCAAGGACGUAGCGCCGUGGAACUUCACCGUGUUGGCCGUGCUCAUGUUUAUGGUCACGUCGCUGUCUCUGAGCGAAAACUUCCUCGUCAUGUUUGUCACUUUCAAGUUUAAGCAACUCAGACAGCCCCUGAACUAUAUAAUAGUCAAUUUGGCCAUCGCUGACUUUCUGGUCUCCCUCACCGGUGGAGUAAUAAGUUUCCUGACAAACGCCAGGGGUUAUUUCUUCCUUGGGAGGUGGGCUUGCGUCUUGGAGGGGUUUGCUGUUACUUUUUUUGGGAUUGUGGCCCUGUGGUCCCUUGCAGUUCUGUCCUUCGAACGAUUCUUUGUGAUCUGCCGGCCUCUGGGGAACAUCCGACUGCAAGCGAAGCAUGCAGUCCUGGGUCUGCUGUUUGUCUGGACCUUCUCCUUUAUCUGGACCUUCCCUCCAGUGCUGGGCUGGAACAGAUACACUGUGAGCAAGAUCGGAACCACCUGUGAGCCUGACUGGUAUUCAACCAACAUGAUAGAUCACAGCUACAUCAUCACCUUCUUCACCACCUGCUUCAUUCUGCCUCUGGGAGUGAUAUUUUUCUGCUACGGGAAGCUGUUACGGAAGCUCAGGAAGGUGUCUCAUGGUCGUCUGGCCACUGCCAGGAAGCCAGAGCGGCAGGUGACCCGUAUGGUGGUGGUGAUGAUUGUGGCAUUUAUGGUUGGCUGGACGCCAUAUGCAGCCUUCUCCAUACUGGUCACAGCUCAUCCAACCAUUAAACUUGAUCCCAGACUGGCUUCCAUUCCUGCCUUCUUUUCCAAAACGGCUGCUGUGUACAACCCAAUCAUCUACGUCUUCAUGAACAAACAGUUUCGCAAGUGCCUCAUUCAGCACUUCACCGGCAUGGGGACCAUCCCAGACAGCAACAUGAACCAGACCUCAGAGCGACCUGGCAUUACUGCAGAGAGUCAAACAGGAGAAAUGUCAGCCAUUGCGGCCCGCAUCCCGGUGGGUGGCACCGCGUCGCCCAGGUCUGAUGAUUCUCCAACCGACUGUGGCUCAUUUGCCCAGCUGCCCAUCCCAGAAAACAAAGUGUGUCCAAUGUAACAGUACACCUCAUCCCAUAAUACCCUGCUGUGACUUAGAUACAGCUUGUUUCAGAGCCUGUUUGGACAACAACAGACAUUUAAAUCUUUUGGUUAUUUGAUGAGAUAGAAGGUGCAGUGUGAAGAGCAGAGAGUCAGCUUUUGAAGGGUUUUGAUAGCUGGUGAUUCUAGCACUUUCUCGUAUUUAACUUGCAAAAGUAACGAAUUGACGCGCAACAUCAAAAACCAGAAAACAUUUUGGUUCCAGCUUGUUUUCAGUAGUUUUCAAUAUUUGAUUAAGAGAACAACAAAGGGGGACAAGAAGAAACUACACAGAAAUACUCAGAGCUUUACUCCCUAGAUAUCUUGUAAAUAGUUGCUUGCCAGAUACACUGUCUUGUUACAGGAGAAUGUCUUGGAUGUUCUCUUCGGUAUCAUUGCACACCUGCUAAGGUGCCACAUUAGAGGGCACUUUGUUCAACUUCAUAGUUUCUGGCUUCAUAUCCCACUGAGAAAAGAACCUUGACAUCAGUUAGCUGAGGGCUAGCCAGUACUUUUCAAAUACAACAAUGCAUCCAGCCUUUCAUCUCGUCCUCGCCUUCUCCUUUGAAGCCCUGUGAUGGCGCCUGUAGAGAAAGUACUGUUUUUCUAUGCUGUUUCAGUACUUUGCUUUUGCAGCGCAUCUUCAUUCAUCUCUGCUCGUCAAGAGGACGCAGCAGUCUUCUGAAUUUGGAUACAAGUUUGGGUCAAAGCUUUCAUCUUUGAUGAAGAUGGUCAAUGGGACAUGGAGAUGCCAGUCUCUUGCUGCCUCUGUGCAGCUAUUGGAGGACAAUAAACACACAGACAUGCACAUGACUACAAGCACAUACACCACAGGCCCAUACAGGCCUGUGUUACAGUUAACACUGUGUCCUGUGAAAAUGAUGCAGUGCAUCAAAAAUUAUCCUAGCACAAAACCAGAGCACAUUACCAUAAUAAACAAAGGUCAACAGCAAUAUUAAACCUAAAUACUAUCACACAGUUGAGCACUUAAGUGUUAGCUACAGUAGAUGUAGCAGUGAGCGUUAAAAUGUCUUCUGCUUGACUUUGUGGUGCAUGUUUGUUCACUAUUACUGGUUAUUUGUCAGAACACUGUUGUAUUCUCUAUGUUGCACAGUGAUUCAAUAUGUUAAGAAAAAAGUAACAGUAUGGUCUCUGUUUGCAAUGUACUGAGUGUGUGUUCCAGUCAUGUUUGGCCAUUCUGGUAGGAGUAACAUUUAGCAUCUUUCAGCAUCAGUGCAUCUGUACCAAUUUAAUUGUAAUGCCUCGAUAUAAUAACAUGAGACCGAGGUGAAGACGAUCAGGAAGUCUGCACCCAUCUCAUAGAAAUGUUUCCCAGGACUGCUUUGUUGUUAAAGUCCCCAUGAAACAGAGGUAUCAGAGAAUCACCAAAAUCAGUCAAUAUAUUUAUAGAGUUGUGUUUAUGUACAGUAAUCAGUAAGGCAUGAUCCCCAGAAACACUCACUCAAGAUUGAUUGAUGGGUGAAUGUCAUGAGAUCACUGGUUAAAAUUGGUUGAUUCUAGCUUACGUCCCAUUUCGUUUUGAUUGGAUUUUGAUAUAUAAACACUAAGAAAUUGUGCUUUUUUUGGCAUAUAUUGUUAAAGAGGGGCACAAUAUCAUUUCUCAUUUCUGCUCAUUUAAUGGAACUUAAACAUGCUUUAAUCAGCAUUUUCUGUGUGAUGCCUCUGCAUGUUGUGAAAGAGAUGCUCAGUGAGCAAGGGAGAGAAUCGUGGAGAAUCAUCCCUGAACUCAGCAGCUAGAUCCUUUUUAGCUUGUUUAGCUGCUGUUGUUUUUACAGCUGCACACUCACUCUGUGGGUAAAUCUCAGUGCUCCCUUCACCUCAGUUCAGCAACAGAUAGCGGUUUUCCGAAAUGAAAAUGCUGUUUAGAUGCCGGCAGAGAGCAUUUUCUCAGAGUUUUCUCAGAGAUGGCCUGUUACAUUCAGCUAUUACAUUACAUUCAGCUUCAAUUCCAAAUUGUAUACAGCAGCAUCAAAGGACAAACAUCAGCAGGUUACCACUUGACUCUAAACACUAAACACUGAAUAAACACAGUUAUAAUUGCAAUUAUAAACAUAAUUUGCAAACAAUUGGCCUUUUGGUUACAAGAGUAAAAUAU